UGUGGCCUAUUUCUCGAACCGGUUUCGUACCAACUACUCCUCUCGAAGUACUCACACCAGCAAAGUUGAGCAGCAACUUCAUCCGGACAUCAAUAUCAUUGAAUCCGCGACAGAUCGCAGCGGUAAUACAAAAGCGUCAUAAGGAGGAACAACGUCGUUUCAACUUCAACGGUGUAAGGCACAACGGACUUCUGCCGUAGUUGUGUGCCUUCGGUGGAUGCGCUCUCAUGAUCCGUUUCCUCGUACUCCCCCAUGUGGGCCGAGUCGAAUUCUUCUAUUUCGUCUGAACCUACCCUCUAGCUCAAACCCUUUGACCAGCACAGAGUUCUGCUCGAGGGUCGCAGCUACUUUUUCCUGGCGAUCUUCCCACACUGAUGUCACAAGGCCUCAGUUUCUUGGACUGACAUGUCCUUCACCGUGCCAAAGCUGUUCAUCGCUAACAAAGACACCUUGCGAAAUCUCGCGGAGAAGCUCCCCAGCAUCAUGUUUCACGACAGAGAGAGGACGAUUUCUCCAAGCGGGGUCUCCAAAGGUCCGGUGCUCCUCUGCCGAACUUGGCGAGAACUGGACAUGCAACAGCAGUAGGCACAGAACAGGGCUCGAGGGAAAGGCCAUCCAAUCUGGCCUUCAAAUGGUACUAUUAGUGUUGUUCACAGGAUGGGUACAUAUCCGAAGAGGUUCGGGACGGGAUAUUAGCUGGGGACCGACCGGACCAAUGUAAAGCUUAUUCGAAUAUCAGAGCCUCAGAGACAUUUCCACUGAUCCUUGGACGAAUGAUGAGUAUAUGAAGAAUUUGGCGCGCCUUCGGCAGUUCCUGGUCUUAUCGCUGGCGCUCUCCUGUAUGUCAU